UUCUUUUUUUUUUUUUUUGGCUUCAAAGGUAAACGACCCACUUCGCAGAGAGAGAAAGAAAAAGAAACCCAAACCCAUUUUCUUCUUUCCUUCCUUCCUAACUCGCUUUCUCACGCCAAUCACUGUCUUUCUCUCUCCUCUCUCUCUCUUUCUCUCUCUGCACGCUAAAAGCAUUUCUUGGGAGAGAGAGAGUCUCAAAAAUUUAUUAUUUUCUUUUUUUUUUUAAUUAGAUUUUCUUCUUCGGCUCUCUCUCUCUCUCUUACAACGCCCCAGAGGGCAAUUCUAGAGGGAAAGAGUUGCAGAGGUUUGUUUGUUUGUUUGUUCGUUUGUUGUUCUUGUUGUUGUUGUCCAGCUGGGGUUUUUGGGUGCAGAUCACGAAGGUUUUUUUAUUGGAAUGGAGUUUGUGGGUAGGAAGGUGAAGAAAGAGUUCGAAGGCCAUGGGGUUUUCUCGGGAAUUGUGAAAUCUUAUGACCCUUCAUCUGGGAUCUUCGAGGUCGUCUAUGACGAUGGAGGUUCCGAGGAGUUGGACUGCGCUGAGGUCUCGUUUCUCAUCGAAGGGAAGGUCCAGCUGGUUGGGGAUGAGGUGAGGCCCAGUCGGCUCGGUCGGAAGCCCAAGAAGCGGCGGCGUGUGGAGAAAAGGCACGAAAUACCAGGUGAGUCAGGUAAUGCCGGUGAGGCUUUUAUGAUUGAUGGUGUGGCUAGUAAAGAAAUCCUUGGAAAGCGUUGUGGGUUUGAUGGUGAUUUGAAUAAGAAUGAUAAUUCCCAUGAUGGGUCUGAGUCAAACCUAGAUAUGGGAAUUGGGAAUGGAGGGAAAUUGAGAGAAAAUGUGGAGGUUAAUGGCCAUUUGAAUGAAAAUGCUAAUUCUGGUGAUAGGUCUGAAGAAACCCUAGUAGAAAGGGAGGAUUUGAAAGAUGGUGUGUCAGCUAAUGGCAUUUACAAUCUGAAUAGGAUUGACAAUUUGAAAGGUGGAAUUGAUUUAAAUGCUGGGUUUAACUUGAACCUGAAUGAUGCUUGUGAUGUUCAUGUUAAUGCUGAAGAAAAUUUAAAGAAAAGAGAUUGUAUUGAUCUGAACUUGGAUGUGAAUGGGGACUUAGAUGAAAAUUUGAAUGUGGGUGGUUUUGGUCCAUCAGCCAAGGAAAGCCGUAGGAGGGGAUGCAGUUUUGAUUUGAAUUUGGAGGUUGACGAAUGUAAGGAUUCAGAGGAUGACGGUGCGGGACAGUUCAUGGUUGUUACAUCUUCUGAGACAGUCGAGGAAAGCCUGAAAGAGAGUGGUGGAGAUGUUGGAGAGAGAUUAAUAGAAGAUGUUGGUUCAAAUGAGACUUUGAAAGAAGUUCAUUUGGAUGUUGUUGAAAGUUUUAUGGGGAAGGGUGUUGUAUCCUCCUCUGAGACCACAGUCAAAUAUGCACAUUCAGGGUUUGCCGAUCAACUUAGUAAUGAUAAUGGUGGUUCUGGUGGAGAUGUGAAAGCUAAUGCUUUUGCCAUGGAUACCAACCAUUCUGAGGAUUGUGGUCUUGUGGAAGUUCAGUUGAAGGAUGAUCUCUCUGGAGCUGUUACCCAAAUGGUUCAUGGCCACCUAGGCAAUUCAGUAAGUCCAUGCAAUCAAAGAAGUAACCGCAGAAAGAGAAGAAAACUAUCAGAUAACAUAAAGUCCACCACAGAAACGGUUUUAAGGAGAAGUACUCGUAGAGGAUCCGCUCAAAAUCAUGUUUCAGUGGCAUUGUGUACUGUUGAUGAUACAUCAUCUUCUCCAGGAGUUAGUGAAAUAACAGAGGAAAAACCAAUCCGUUGCAAAGAAUCUGAAAAGCCCAUUCUUGUUCCACCAAAACUCCAGCUACCCCCUUCUUCACAAAAUUUAAAUUUAGAUGAUAUUCCCGUACUUGAUAUUUUUUCUAUUUAUGCCUGCCUUAGAUCAUUCAGCACUUUAUUAUUUUUGAGUCCUUUUGAGUUGGAGGAUUUUGUGGCAGCAGUGCAAUUCAAGUCUGCUAAUUUAUUGUUUGAUAAUGUUCAUGUUUCUAUACUGCAAACUUUGAGAAAGCAUUUGGAGUAUCUUUCAAAUGAAGGAUCUCAAUCUGCUUCUGAUUGCCUAAGAAGUCUUAACUGGGAUUUGCUGGACUUGAUCACAUGGCCCAUUUUUAUGGUUGAGUACUUACUAAUUCAUAGCACUGGACUGAAACCUGGUUUUGAUCUCAGUCACUUUAAGUUAUUUAGUGCUGACUACUACCAACAACCUCCACCUGUAAAGGUUGAGAUACUCCGGGUUUUAUGUGAUGACUUGAUUGAAGUGGAAGCCAUAAGGUCAGAGCUAAAUCGAAGAUCUUUAGCAGCAGCAGAGCCUGAGAUGGUUUUUGAAAGGAAUAUAAACUUUGAGGUUUGCAAGAAAAGGAGGACUUCAGUGGAUGCAUCUAGUGGCUUUUGUUUGAAUGAUGAUGUUGUUGAUGAUUCUACUGAUUGGAAUAGCGAUGAAUGCUGCCUAUGUAAGAUGGACGGAAGCUUAAUAUGUUGCGAUGGCUGUCCUGCAGCAUAUCAUUCAAAAUGUGUUGGAGUAGCCAAUGAUCUCUUGCCAGAGGGUGACUGGUUUUGCCCUGAGUGUGCGAUUGACAGACAUAAGUCUCGGAUGAAACCACGGAAGUCACUUCGAGGAGCAGAUUUGUUAGGAACUGAUCCUCAUGGUCGUGUAUAUUUUUACAGCUGCGAUUACCUUUUGGUGUCUGAUUCUUAUGACACUGAAUCAUCGUUUAGUUACUACCACAGAGAUGAUCUGAAUAUGGUUGUUGAAGUGCUAAAGUCUUCUGAUUUUUUCUAUGGUGAUAUUUUAUUGGCUAUCUGCAAGCACUGGGAUAAUGUAAGCUUAAACGGAACUUGUUGUAAUAAUGACAGUCUUUACCUUAGUAUGUCUUUAGAAAUGCGAAUGAAGGAGCAAAUUCGAGUUCUUUCAAAUCCGCCUGUUUCAUUGGCAUUGACAGAGACAUAUGCCGUUAAGAAUGGGACUGAUGUGGAAAGAAAAAUGGUUGUGGACUCUGAUGUUGGGUUUCAUGGAUCAGACGCUUCAAAGUCGGUGAACUUGUUAGAUUCUGUGGCUGCAAUGCAUGUAGCUUCUGAAGGAUCAGUAGGAAGCGCACAGACAAAAAUUGGGUCAGGCACUGGGUGUGAUUCAAGUGGAUCUACUAAAUUUCUAAAUCAGUCUGACAUUCCAGGAAAUAUUCCGCUUGUUGGAGACUGUUCUUUGACAUCUAGUACCUCUGACAUAAGAAGGGUAACCAUUGUAGAAUCUGUUGAUCCGGAAAUCCCCUUAAUUACUCUACCUACCAAAAAAGGGGAUACAUCACAUGUGCAGAAUGUUAUUAGUUACAUGAACUAUUAUAGUUUUGGUCAAAUUGCUUCAUCAGUAGGAGAGGAGCUAAUGGAUAAAUCAUCUGAAAAGAUCAAGGAGCCCUUAAUGAUGUCAGAAGAGGAAGUAAUAUUACACCAGACAAAGGCCAUAUUGAAAAAGACUUCCAAGUUUUACUGGUCAACUAUUCAGGACCUAUAUGUGGAUGUUGAGAAAGAAAAAUGUGGUUGGUGUUUUUCAUGCAGAGCUCCCUGUGAUGACAGGGACUGCUUGUUUCUCAUGAAUGUGGGGCCUAUUCGAGAAGCUUCUAACAGUGACAUGGUUGAUCAUCAAUUGAAAAAGAACAGUAAAGAUCAUCUUACUGAUGUCUUAUGUCAUACUUUAUCCAUUGAAAAACGUCUGCAUGGACUUCUGUUGGGUCCAUGGUUGAAUCCACAACACAGCAAGCUCUUGCAUAAAAGUGCUCUCGAGGCAUCUGAUCUGAUGUCUGUUAAACAUUUGUUGCUCACUUUAGAGUCAAAUCUGAGUCGUCUUGCACUCUCAGCUGACUGGUUGAAGCAUGUGGAUUCUGCUGUUUCUGUGGGUUCAGCCUCUCAUAUUGUGACUAGUUCUGCACGUGCAGCCUCAAAGCACAUGAUUGGCAGAAAAAGGCCUAGGUGUUCAGAAAAUGAGUCUAAUCCUGCUUCAAAUGGUACCAGUGGAUUGGGAAUGUUUUGGUGGAGGGGUGGUAGGCUUUCUCGUCAUAUUUUCAGUUGGAAGGCUUUGCCGCACUCCUUGGUUUCCAAGGCCGCCAGACAAGCUGGGUGUGUGAAGAUUCCUGGUAUAUCAUAUCCUGAGAAUUCAGAAUAUGCGAAGAGAAGCAAAUAUGUUGCCUGGCAAGCUGCUGUUGAGACAUCAAGAAGUGCAGAGCAGCUGGCUUUCCAGGUUAGAGAGCUUGAUUUGAACAUUAGGUGGGAUGACAUCGAAAACACUCAUCCUCUCUCUGCAUUGGAUAAGGAAUCUCUGAAGUCCAUCAGGCUUUUCAAAAAAGUUAUCAUCCGAAGGAAGUGCACCGAAGGGAAAGUGGCCAAGUAUCUUCUUGAUUUUGGCAAGAGAAGAGUUAUUCCUGAAAUUGUCAAAAAACAUGGUUCCAUAGUUGAAGAAUCCUCUAGUGAAAGGAAGAGAUAUUGGCUGGAUGAAUCUUAUGUUCCUUUGCAUCUGUUGAAAAAUUUUGAGGAGAAAAGAAUUGCUCGCAAGUCUACUGAUAUGAAAUCCAGGAAAAUUAUUGAGUUUGGUGGAGUAAUAAAGAGGCCUCAAGAAAAGAGGGGAUUUGAGUAUUUGUUUGCAAAAGCCGAAAGAUCUGAGAAUUAUCAAUGUGGGCACUGCAACAAAGAUGUCCUAGUCAGGGAAGCUGUUAGUUGUCAGUACUGCCAAGGAUUUUUCCAUAAAAGGCAUGUUAAGAAGUCAGCUGGGGCCAUCAUUGCUGAUUGUACAUAUACAUGCCAUCGAUGCCAGAGCGGGAAGCAUGUAAAGAUUGAUGCAAAAAGAGGGAAAACUAAUAAAAAAGGAGGUAAAUCAUUGCAGAAGUCCAAGAAUAAUAAAAAAGACUGCAGGUCGUUGCGCUUGAAAAGCAAAAGAAAAGUGUCAGGUGGUGGGCGACCGGUGAGAUCAAAAAACAAUAGAAAAGUUGCACCUAGUGUUCCUCUACGCCGUUCAGCGAGAAAAGCUAAAUGCAUAAUAGUGCAAACGAAAAAGCAUGGAGGGCGCAAGAAAGGGAAACAGAUCAAAUCUAAAAAGGGAACAGAUAAAAAACGAAAGAGAGGUACUUCUUGCCAGAAGAAGAGAACACAAGUUUAUUACAGUUACUGGCUUAAUGGCCUCUACUUGUCUAGAAAGCCAAAUGAUGAACGAGUUAUGCUUUUCAGAGAAAAAAAUUUUCUAGUCCCUUCUGAGCAGUCAUCUAUCAUUCCAGAUCAACCCAAAUGCCAGCUUUGUAAUGAAGCAGAACAUGCAUCUACUUUAAGUUACAUUGCAUGUGAAAUCUGCGGAGAGUGGUUUCAUGGAGAUGCCUUUGGACUUCAUUCAGAGAACAUUGAUAAAUUAAUUGGAUUCAAGUGUCACACAUGCCGUGAAAAGGGCCCACCUGUCUGCCCCCACUUGGUAGCUGUGAGGACGGAUGUGUCUCAGUUGGUUGAAGCACAAGCACAAAAUAAUACUGCAGUUGAUUGUUUCGAGGGAGUAUCUAAUGCAGUCCCUUCUAUGAGUGAGUUGCAGAUUGCAUGUAAUUGAAUUCUUUUGGCAUUUGAAGAGGGAUACUUCAGUUUGUAAGGGUUGUGUUUCAGUUCAUUUUCUAUGGAGGGAUGCUUAUUGUUGAGUUUCUCAUUUGGUAAUUUAAGGAAUAAAUGUCGCAAAGAUGGGUUUCAGAAUCUUCAACUGCAAGAUUACUUUCAAACAAUUAAGGACCUAUGGUUUUGCUGAAGGGAUAUACUAUCAGGCAAAAGGUGCCUUCCUGUGAAGUAGGACAGAAGCUUGCAGCAGUGAAUUCGCAUAUUGAGAACUGUCAGAAAGAGCAAAUGAACCUGCCUAAGAUCAGCAGUGCUUUUUUAGGUGAUUUUGUGAAAGUUCUACAGAAGAUCAGAAAUGUGAAGAAUGCCCCAGGCAAGGUGCGGCCACCAAGGGUUGGACGUUAAAUCCUUGUUCGUCCUGCGGGUGUUACAGAUUGCUGCUCUGAUUCAGUCCUCUAGAAGCUCUAAGAUGUCCUUAUAUGUUGGGAGGCAGGGGUGGUAUAUUUUCAUUGUAGCUCAUUUGGUUGACUGACAAUUUAUUGAAACAGCAAUUGAAGGUGAAUUAGAAGUAGGUCAAAAGUAGGAUAAAUUUAGAUUAAUGAGAGAUGUUAGGAUUAGAGAUGGAAAUACUGAAUAUUCUUGUUUUAGCUGACUAUAUUGGAAAACUAAUUAAUACCCUGAAAAUAGAAAUUUGAUUUAGGUUAUAUUUGGGAGGAUGAUAACAGCUUCUGAAGUUAAAAAGGCUGCAGAAUUUUUUGAUGACAUGAGAGGGACUGGCAGUCCAUUUUCUUGGACUUUGUAAUGACAUUGUGAAUGUAUCUGAGAAAAAGGAACAGAAGUAUAUAAGAAUUCGUUGUUCCCCAAAAAAAAAAAAAAAGAAAAAACAAUUGUACAUUGCUUUGCAGCCUUACCCCUUACAAAAAUUUGUAGAAGGAAUGUGACAUUUUGAUUAAUGACUAGUUGUCUUCUCCUUUUGCAAUAUAA